AUGGCUAACAACGUGACCGCUACCAGAGAAGCUACAAGGCGUACUCACACUUACAGUUUCCAUCGCGAAGGCUUGAUUCAGUUGGGGCAAUUGGGUGGAUUGAUCACUGGUCAUAAUAAAACUGUGUUCACUGAGAAUUAUGGAAACAUCUUGACUCUUUUGGACUCACACGUCGACGAAUGGGAGAAACCUGAUUUGAACAACAUUGCCAACGCUCUUUAUUUGAGCAUAGAAGACGUUCUUGGGAAUUGGAAGAAGAAUGGUAGCACUCAGGGUUUCUAUAUGAGUUUCUUGGUUGAGAAGGCCCAAGAGUUGGCUAGCAAAAAGAUGUGGGAGGCCUUCAACGCCCUUCUGGCCGUUUUGAUUUAUGGGAUCGUGAUGUUCCCUAACAUUCACAAGUUCGUUGAUCUGGCUGCUAUAUGUCUUUUUGUGGAGAAGAAUCCGGUCCCUACUUUGCUAGCCGAUACGUACUAUUCUGUUCACUCUCGAUAUGGGAAAGGAGGAGCCAUAAGAAAUUGUUUGCCGUUGUUAUACACCUGGUUUAAGUCCCACCUGCCUACAAGUGGUCCUUUCAUUACUUCUACUCAGAAAUGGCCUCAAAGGAUCAUGGGGCUUACCGGAAAUGACAUUGUCUGGUGUCCUACUGGGAUGGACGUAGAGAAAGUUAUAACUAGUUGUGACAAGCCUUUGGACAAAGAGAUAUUCGAGUCCGUUUGCUUUGAGAAGGGAACCGAUCCAAAGGGUCUAGAGAAAGUGAGGAGUGCCUGGAAUAGCAUCCAUACAAAUGAUCAGAUUUCUCUUGGUGAAAAGAAUCCCGUUGCCAGACAAGCCUACACAGAUUGGGUUGAAAAUAGAGUUAAAGAUCGCCUGUUGCCUUUCCCGAAG